AUGAUUGGAUGCACAGUCAUACGACCAAAAACAUCAAUUUUACCACUUAGUCGUCUUAUUUUAAGUCGAACGAAUCGUGGAAUUGUUUCAUCUUCAUCAAAUCUUGUAGAAAAUAGUAAUAGUAAUGUAGUAUCUCAACAGACAGACAACGUAGAUUAUACUACCGUACAGCAUGUACCUGUAAUGUCUAGAGAAGUGAUUAAAUCUUUGAAGCCUGAAAGUGGGAAAAUAUACAUUGAUAUGACUUUCGGUGCUGGCGGUCACACAAGAAAGAUUCUCGAAUCAGCGCCCAAUGUAAAGUUAAUUGCACUAGAUCGUGAUCCAGAUACAAAAAGGCAUAUGGAUAUCAUCUGUGAAAAUUUCCCGAAUCAAGUGAUCCCAUUGUGCGGAAAAUUCUCUGAAUUGCCAUCGUUACUCGAAUCGAUGAAUAUAGCUGAAGAAUCAAUUGAUGGCAUUCUAUUCGACUUUGGAUGUUCGUCAAUGCAAUUUGAUCAUGCUGAACGGGGCUUCAGUAUUAAUUUAAAUGGUCCGUUAGACAUGCGUAUGGACAAAAAUCGAUAUCCAGAUGAACCAACCGCCGCAGAUGUAUUAGCUACAAUCGAUGAAAAUGAUUUAGCUAAAAUCAUCAAAGUGUACGGCGGUGAGAAGAAGGCGAAGAAAAUUGCACGCACAAUAAUCGAUGUUCGGUAUGCAUUGAAGCCGAUUCGAACCACACAUGAGCUGGCAAGCAUUGUCGCUUCAUGCUUCGAUGAAAAUUUUCACUUAGACCGAUUGAAUCGACCCAUGCAUAAUGCAACCAAGACGUUCCAAGCCAUUCGUAUAUUUGUGAAUGACGAACUGAAUGAGAUCAAUUACGGGAUUCAAUGCGCUGAAAAAUAUUUGAAAUAUGGUGGCCGACUUGUGACCUUAACGUUCCAUUCAUUGGAAGACACAAUUGUUAAGCGUCACAUUCAGGGUCAGGUGGUACAAGGUAUAGCAAACGCCUUAGCAUUGAAAUAUGUUAGUCAAAUGGAAAUUUGCGAGAAAAAUAUGAUCGAAAACUUUAUGAAGUCAACGUGGAAACCGCUAUACAAACAUGUAAUCAUCCCAUCACCAAAAGAAGUCGAUUUAAAUCCACGAUGUCGUUCGGCCAAACUGAGAGCAGCAAUUAAAACACACCAGUAAUGAAAAAGAAAAAUGGAAAUAAAUUUUGUCAAAAUUUAAAAAA